AUGCCGUCCUCAUCACUCUUUCUGAGGUCGAGCACCACAUUCAUUUCUGUUUUGUCUCUGGCUUCCGUUUCUGUCUCUUCCGUUAUUCCCAGUGUCAAUACCUUUGGCGCCGGCGACACCUAUUAUGCACUCGAGUCCGAUUACUCCGGAGACAAGUUCCUCGAUGGUUUUACGUUCAACUCCGAUGCCGACCUGACCCAUGGCUUUGUCUCAUACAUCGACAAGGACACCGCGAUCAAGACCGGCUUGGUCGGGUUCGAGGGUGGUUCAGUGCAAUUGAGGGCUGAUUCGUCACACACAUACGAUGGUAAUGCUGAUUACUGGUUGAAGAACGGUGUUGGCCGUCCAUCACUCAGGAUCGAGUCUACCGACAGGUGGACUCACGGUCUCUUCAUUGUCGAUCUCAAGCAUGUCCCCACCACCUCGACUACCCAAGGGUGCGGCACCUGGCCCGCGUUCUGGACCUUGGGCGACGGCGAAUGGCCGAACAAUGGCGAGAUCGAUAUCUUUGAAGGAGCCAACAAUCAAGGGACCGGUCUGUCAGCCCUACACACUGGCAAGCAGUUCACCGUCAAGCAAAGCCCCAACGAGCAGACUGGCACCCCGAACGGCAAUGACUGCCAGUACUAUGCAGGACAAGCCAACGCGAACGGUGCUGGUUGCGCAUCAUUCGACAAGCGCUCUAGCAGUUACGGACCUGGUAUGAAUGCAGCCGGUGGUGGAGUCUACGCCAUGGAGUGGAAGUCCGACGCUAUCAAGAUUUGGUUCUUCCCAAGAAGCGAGAUCCCAUCCGACAUCUCGUCAGGCUCCCCCGAGCCAGAUACGUGGGGACUUCCCUCAUCAAUCUUUAACGGACCUGAUGCCGACAUUGAUGCGAACUUCAAGAACAACCAAGUUAUUUUCGACAACACUUUCUGCGGUAAGUGA